AUGCCAGAUGAUGCCGUCCAAGCUGCCACCCGCCUGCUGCAUGCCUAUGACGAUACAGUCGUCUCCAAUGCUUCUUUCUGCCCCCAAGGUGCCCUUUGCGUGCUUACUCGCCCCAUUCACGUCUCUCAGCUCUCGUGUUCUGCUGGCUCUCGUGUUCUGCUGGCUCUCGUGUUCUGCUGGCUCUGCUGCCAAUGGACAACCCUCUGCCACCAAUGCCAUGCGUCGCCAUUCUUCUCCCACUGCUCUCCUCUCGUGUGGCCCUUUCUGCGUUCCGACUUCACAGUGCUGUGGGACUCAACCUCCUUCGCCCGCCGGGCCAUUGCGGACGGCCAGCGGGUCACGUGGGUGUGGAAUGACGACAAUUACCACGAGCUCAGAGGUGCGCCUGUAGCGAGCUCAGAGCCUGCCAUGAGGCACCAGCCUGCCAUGAGGCACCAGCCUGCCAUGAGGCACCAGCCUGCCAUGAGGCACCAGCCUGCCAUGAGGCACCAGCCUGCCAUGAGGCACCAGCCUGCCAUGAGGCACCAGCCUGCCAUGAGGCACCAGCCUGCCAUGAGGCACCAGCCUGCCAUGAGGCACCAGCCUGCCAUGAGGCACCAGCCUGCCAUGAGGCACCAGCCUGCCAUGAGGCACCAGCCUGCCAUGAGGCACCAGCCUGCCAUGAGGCACCAGCCUGCCAUGAGGCACCAGCCUGCCAUGAGGCACCAGCCUGCCAUGAGGCACCAGCCUGCCAUGAGGCACCAGCCUGCCAUGAGGCACCAGCCUGCCAUGAGGCACCAGCCUGCCAUGAGGCACCAGCCUGCCAUGAGGCACCAGCCUGCCAUGAGGCACCAGCCUGCCAUGAGGCACCAGCCUGCCAUGAGGCACCAGCCUGCCAUGAGGCACCUGAUUGCUGCAGCGAAACCAUGGGAGGUUCAGCUGGCCGGGUUGCCUGGCGACAAGGCAGCCCCGUAUUUCACAUACACCAAAGUGUUUGGCACAGCGCGGGACAUGACCGUCAAGGACUCGCCGCAGUCGCUCGCCUCCACUCUCCUCCGCGCCACCCCCCACCCAGGUGCCACCCCCCACCCAGGUGCCACCCCCCACCCAGGUGCCACCCCCCACCCAGGUGCCACCCCCCACCCAGGUGCCACCCCCCACCCAGUUGCCACCCCCCACCCAGGUGCCACCCCCCACCCAGGUGCGCCCAUCCCUGCAAGGCACUGCCACCCCUCGCCCAUGUGCCACCCCCCACGCCCACCCAUGUGCCACCCCCACCAUGUUCCACCCCCCACCAUGUGCCACCCCCAACCCAUGUGCGGCCAUUCCAGGCACCAGUGGCACUGCCACGUGACAAUCACUCGCACACACACACAUGCAUGCACGUGCCAUCCGUCCUUCAAGCUGCCUCACCUCACCGUCGCUCUCCCCUCCCUCUGCAUGCGCUCUGCCAUCGCCCUCUGCCAUCUCGCCCUCUGCCAUCGCCCUCUGCCAUCUCGCGCUCUGCCAUCUCGCCCUCUGCCAUCGCCCUCUGCUCUGCGAUGCUCAUUGCAACCAUCCCUGCAACGUGGCACUCUCUCACCCAUCCUCGCCUGUCUCCAUGCACUGCCCUCGCCCUGCCCACCCGCCUGCCCCCCAGCAGAGCCGCCACCAGCCACGUCUCUGCGGCCGUACGAGCAGCUGCUGGCCACGCGCUGUGCGCCCGCGUGUGCGCUGGCCAUGCUGGCCAAUGGCCGCUGUGACCCCGCAUGCAACGUGGCUGCCUGCGACUUCAAUGGGGGCGACUGUGCCUGCGCCACUGCCGACGCUGCUGGGGCUGGCGGCAGCAGCAGUGGCAGCGCUGGUGCCGAUGUGCAGUGGUGUGAAUGCUCCGUGCUGCAAACGCGCGGGGUUGAUGGAGAUUGUGAUUCCCCAUCCUCCCCUGUUCUUCCCCCGCUGUUCUCCCUCCUCCCCGUCGUCCCCCUCUGCUCCCCCUCUGCUCCCAUCCCCCUCUGCUCCCCCUCUGCUCCCCCUCUGCUCCCUCCACCUGUGCUGUGCGCCACCCACCGGGGUCAUGCAAUGUGUCCUUCCGUCUGCAUCCACAUCCUCCCCCAUUCUCCUCCCCCUUCACGCGCCCCCCCCCCACCUUCUUCCCCGAAUUCUCUCUACCUUCUCCCGCUUGGUCCACAGCGUACUGUGCCGCACCGUCUCCCAGUACAACAGGUGCCGCACCGUCUCCCGGUACAACAGGUGCCGCACCGUCUCCCAGUACAACAGGUGCCGCACCGUCUCCCAGUACAACAGGUGCCGCACCGUCUCCCAGUACAACAGGUGCCGCACCGUCUCCCAGUACAACAGGUGCCGCACCGUCUCCCAGUACAACAGGUGCCGCACCGUCUCCCAGUACAACAGGUGCCGCACCGUCUCCCAGUACAACAGGUGCCGCACCGUCUCCCAGUACAACAGGUGCCGCACCGUCUCCCAGUACAACAGGUGCCGCACCGUCUCCCAGUACAACAGGUGCCGCACCGUCUCCCAGUACAACAGGUGCCGCACCGUCUCCCAGUACAACAGGUGCCGCACCGUCUCCCAGUACAACAGGUGCCGCACCGUCUCCCAGUACAACAGGUGCCGCACCGUCUCCCAGUACAACAGGUGCCGCACCGUCUCCCAGUACAACAGGUGCCGCACCGUCUCCCAGUACAACAGGUGCCGCACCGUCUCCCAGUACAACAGGUGCCGCACCGUCUCCCAGUACAACAGGUGCCGCACCGUCUCCCAGUACAACAGGUGCCGCACCGUCUCCCAGUACAACAGGUGCCGCACCGUCUCCCAGUACAACAGGUGCCGCACCGUCUCCCAGUACAACAGGUGCCGCACCGUCUCCCAGUACAACAGGUGCCGCACCGUCUCCCAGUACAACAGGUGCCGCACCGUCUCCCAGUACAACAGGUGCCGCACCGUCUCCCAGUACAACAGGUGCCGCACCGUCUCCCAGUACAACAGGUGCCGCACCGUCUCCCAGUACAACAGGUGCCGCACCGUCUCCCAGUACAACAGGUGCCGCACCGUCUCCCAGUACAACAGGUGCCGCACCGUCUCCCAGUACAACAGGUGCCGCACCGUCUCCCAGUACAACAGGUGCCGCACCGUCUCCCAGUACAACAGGUGCCGCACCGUCUCCCAGUACAACAGGUGCCGCACCGUCUCCCAGUACAACAGGUGCCGCACCGUCUCCCAGUACAACAGGUGCCGCACCGUCUCCCAGUACAACAGGUGCCGCACCGUCUCCCAGUACAACAGGUGCCGCACCGUCUCCCAGUACAACAGGUGCCGCACCGUCUCCCAGUACAACAGGUGCCGCACCGUCUCCCAGUACAACAGGUGCCGCACCGUCUCCCAGUACAACAGGUGCCGCACCGUCUCCCAGUACAACAGGUGCCGCACCGUCUCCCAGUACAACAGGUGCCGCACCGUCUCCCAGUACAACAGGUGCCGCACCGUCUCCCAGUACAACAGCUUGUGUACAUACCCACAUUCACCAUUCCUCUCAUUCCUCCCCUCUCAUCUGCCGGUCCCCCCUGCUUUUGUCCACCAGUCCUCUCCUGCCUCACCCUCUCCUCUGCCUCCUGCCCUCCCCUGCCUCCUGCCCUCCCCUGCCUCACCCUCUCCUCUGCCUCCUGCCCUCCCCUGCUUCACCCCCUCCCCUCUCAUCCGCCGGUCCCCCCUGCCUCACCCCGGCGUGGCAGGUUCCACUUCCAGGACGCAUGUGUGGGGGGGGAGUCGUCGAGGGCGUUUGGGGUGAACCCGGUGUUCCUGCCGUCCUCGUCGCUCUACAACCCCAAUGCCGCCGUCACCAACACCACUGCCUUCACCAACCAGCCCUUCGCCAACCCCUUUGAGCUCAACGCCAAGGGGCUGCCCUUCGGCUUCCAGCAGCUCGUGAGUCCCACCUCGCCUUCACCCAUGCGCACCACCUCCCCCUCCAGUCCAGGCUCCUCCCUUCCUUUUGGUACUUCACUCUCCUCAUGGCCCAUUCCCGGCAGUGGGCGCUUCCCGAUCGUGUUUGACGUGAAUCUGGACAACGCGGGGGCAACGCGGCGGCUGCAGUACUUGGUGGACGGCUUCUUCAUCGACAACUACACCCACAGCAUCAACGUUGGCCUCAUCACCCGCAAUGCCAACGAGCAUCUAUUCACGGCCACCAAGGCCACCCUGACGGUGCAGUCGGGCGGCAGCAUGGAGGCGUCGUUCCAAGUGCAGCCGGUGAACGUGGAGUACUACAACAUGAAUGAGAGCAGCAACGUGGUGCGGCUGGUGGUGGAGCUGCUGUUUGUGGCCGCGGUGGCGUGGAACAUCGUGGAGGAGGUGAAGGAGAUGCUGUGGACGUGGAAGGUGCAGCGCCGCUCCUUCUGGCACUACGCAAGCAAGGGCUGGAACUGGGUGGACUGGCUCUCCAUCGCCCUCCAGAUCACCGCCAUCGCCAUCUGGAUAUCAGUGGCGGUGACGCGAGCACAGGGGUUCACCAUCCAGCCUCACUACGACAUCUACUACACGCUCGACGACAACCCGCGCUACUGGUCGCUGCCCAACCCACCCGUGGGCUAUCAGGCCGCCAUGUCAGCAGUGGACACGCUUGGCUUCGUCACCAACCUCUGCGCCAUCUACUUUGCCCUUCAGGGCAUCAAAACGCUUUCCCUGUGUCCCUCAGGUCAUGAGCACAAGAGCCGUCUCCCAUGUGUCUCAUCUCUUGCUUGCCUUUCCCCAUCUUUCGUGUCACCAUCCGACCCCACCAGUGUGUUCAUCAUGGUGCUGCGCCUCUUGAAGCUGAUGGACUUUCAGCCCAACAUGGGCAUCAUGACUCGCUCCCUCCGAGUCGCCAUGCCGUCUCUCCUCCACUUCUUCAUUCUCUUCUUCGUUGUCUUCGUCGCAUAUGCCACCUACGGCUACCUGGUGUUCGGGAUGACCUUGGAGCAGUUCAGCACGAUGUGGUUGUCCCUGCAGACCUGCUUCUACAUGAUCGUGGGGCAGUUCUACGUGUCGUGGUUCCAGCAGAUGGUGGGGUGGCAGUACGCGGCGGCCAUGGUCUUUUGGUUCUCCUUCGUCAUCAUCUUCUGCUUCAUCCUCUUCAACUUCCUCAUCGCCAUCAUCGUGGAUGCCUUCAUGGCCGUCAAGGUCAGUCAACGCCGGUCAACAGCAGUCAAGGAGUCAUCGGACAAAGCACCGGCAAUCUACCAGGACAUGUACUUGAUUGUGGUGCGCUUCUUCCGCCGCGUGGCAUCGCCGUACAGAAGGUACAGCCGCCUGCUGCGCCACCUCAUUCGCCUCGGAGCAGAGAACACCGCCAAUGCGGUCAUGGAGGUGAGCGGCCCGGCCAGGGAGGUGAGCGGGCAGGGAGGUGAACGGGCAGGGAGUCUGCCAUGCAAGAGGCUGACCUCUGGCCAAAGCUUUCCUGCGUUCUUUCCUGCUCGGCGUCCCACUGCCUCUGCCCUCUUACGGAACCGCUUUCCAUCCAUUCCCAUUGUCCCAUUGUCCGCCACUCUGCAGAAAAGCCUUGGGCAGUCUGGUCAGCAAUGCCUCUCCUCGAGCUUUCAGUGCGGCAGGGAGGUGAGAGGCAGCAGGCGUGAUACUGAUGGAGAAAGGAGGGAGGAUGCUGACAGUGAUGGCGAACUGGGGAGAAUUGGAGAAGAGGAGGGAAGGGAGGAGAAAGAAGAGGAGAAGAGGGGGUGUGGCGCAACGGAAGGUGUUCCUUACAAUGCCUUGCAAGCACAGACCCAUUUUGAUGCGCAGCAACAAGUGCUAGCCAUGGUGGGAGCAGAAGAGACUGGUUUAAUCCGGGGAGAGAGCACCAAGGGGUUGUUGGCGAGUGGUGGGGUCGCCAAGUCCCAGGCAGCCGGCAGCACCAACACUCAGCUGGCCGCCCAUGCUUCCACCACUGCUGCUGAUGCUUGCACGAUAGUUGCUGAUCCUGCCACCAUGGGUGGCAGCAUGGUAAAGCCAGCAGUGCAGAGGCGGCGGAGCUUCUGGCGGCUGAAAACGCUGGAUGAGCGGGAGACUGUGGUGGUGGUGGGGGAGAGGCAGCUCAACGCCCACUCGCUCUCUUCCAUCCUGCGCCGUGCACACGCCCGCAUGGUGAGACAGGGGCACUGCAUGCAUGCCAAGGGAUGGGAUGAGCAUUUCAUGCACACCCGCUGGAGAUGCUCUCUCUCAUUCCCACCACCAGCACUCCUCAGACCUGCAAACGCUGAGGGAGGCGGGGGAGUGCUGCUCACACUUCAUGCCUUUCUCUCCCAUGCCAUGCCAUCCCAUCCGCCCCUGCAGCGACGCUCUCUCCCCGACGAGCAGGAGGAGGACCCCAUGGACGUGGCAGCGCUGGGGGCGGUGCUGCUGUCGGAGCUGGGGGAGAGCGCGCCGCCUGCCGAAGCCACGGAGGGAGGCGAGGCGGCAAAGGAGGGCGACCUGCAGGCCAUGCAGCGGCACGUGGAGGCGCUGCAGGCCGACGUGGCCCGUGGCUUCGACCAACUUCGCGAGCAGCUCAGCAGCAAGCUUCAGAGCUCCCAUCGCAUCCAGUUGGCACAAGCACCCAGGCAGGACCUCCUCCCGGACCAGCCAAGCGAUGGUCAGGAAGAGGCCGGGCGAGGAGCAUGGGAGCAGGUUUUGAUGCAGGUGGGGAAGGUUCGGGAGGAGGCUGAGAGGGAACGAGCAGAGGUUUGGGAGGUGGUGCGUGAAGUCCGACGAGAGAUACAAUUGCUACGGGCAGCAAGAGGGGAGGGGAGAUAG